AUGCGGGUGUUGGCGGCCAAGAUCAGCGAGUCGCUGGCCAUUGGCGAUGUACCCCAAGCGGCGCGGAACCUCAUCUCCAAGCUGUCCGGGCUGGUGAUGGUGUUUUUGCAGACGAACCCGCAAAAAGCGCUUGAGCUAGUCGCCUCGAUAGAUCAACUCCUGCCCAUGAUCUCGAGCGUCAACGCCGCUUCGCGCCUCCAAUCGCCCAGCAACAACAUUUUCUCGAGCUACACUGAAGAGAAGAAAACGGUCCAGAUCGUCGCCGAGUCGCAGCACCCCUAUAAGAUGAACUAUGUCCAGUCUACGGUAGUCUCUUUCGAUGAUGACGUUACUUUUGUGUGCCUGCAAUUUUGUGAAGAGUGUCAAACGGCCCAGGCAGAUGACGUCCUCUGCGUGUAUGUGAAGACCGAUUCGGAUAGCUACGUGCCGGUGGCGAGAUAUUGUGGCUCUCAUGGCUGGCCGGUGAAGCCGAUCAUCCUGCCCGGAAAUGUCAUUUGGUUUGUGCUGGAAACGGGUAGUCGCAUCGAUGGCGCUACCCAGGAUCAGAUAUAUGGCUUCCGAUGCACCGUAACUGGAUACCCGGAAAUGGACGAACCCUCCAACCUACAAAUGGAGCAAGAGCUCGUGUGGAUCUCGGCGAACGCCUGUAGAAUAUUGGUCGAGUUACCCAACGACGCGGAGAGCCUAUCACAAGUGCUGAUUGAAGAGGAGGAGACCAGAGAUCUACUGGAGCAUCAUGGUCAUUUGUUGAGAAAGGGGCUGAACUUCGCCCACACGCCAUCGGCCCAUGAGCUGCUCAGCCGAAGCCUGCCCGCCCCGGCCCUGACCUCAGACCUCCGCUUCUUGCGCGAGUUCAUCUCCGGCUCGCCGGCUACUGUCGCCGGGCUUUUGGCCAGGUGGCUCCCCCUCGGCCCCGUCGUCGACUUGGCGACCUGCCAGUUGGUGAUGAGCGACGAGCAGCUGACGGCCUGGUGCCUACAAUUCCACAAAGCCCUCGACCGAGAACUGAUCCGACUUGUCGAAGCUGUUCGUUCCCCGAAAGAAGAAUGUCAGCGCCAGGAGAGCGUCGAGAUGCAAAAAUCGAUGGAGCGUGCCGGGGAGCAGAGCGUGUUGAUCGAGACCCAGGAGAUGUAUGUUCUCGAGGACGGCGACCGGGUCGAGCUGUUCAGCCGGCCGUCCCUUGACGCUGUCGUCGAUGGGGAAGUGGUUGAAGGGCGUCGGGAGCUACUCACGGACGGCUGGGUGCACAAUGCUCAAGGCGUCUGGAUCAGGCUCGCCCACACGAAGCGCUUCAUCUUGGCUGAGGACCAAGUCGGGCGCUCCUCGGUGCAUUCCCAGGCCCAGAGCUCGAACGGGAACGAUGAUGAGGAACCCGGGCCGUCGAAGCCGACGCCGGUCAGGGCCCCAGCCACGUCGGUAAAGGCGAUGCGACCUUCGAUUGUGGAUUGCUGCCGAACAGUUUUUGCCGCCUUCCUGUGGCACGAGCAUCUCGUGAAGGACGCGAUGGCCGCAGCUGCGUAUCUCAAAUUUCACAGCCAUUUACAUAACCUAUGGCCCUGCUCGCAAACCGCCCCAAUCUCGCUGGCGCCCAGCCCGCUACAGCCGUUGGUCAAGGUCUGGAAGGAGGUCAGCGCCGCGAUCCAAAGCACUAUCCACCAAAAUAUCCUGCUGCCCUCCCCGCCGUCGGUCCGCCGUCCAAGGCACAGCCAAAACCCUGAUAUGGCCACUUUGGAGACCGGCGAAGCGAUGUGCGAGCUUUGCGAGGGGAGAUGCCGAGGGCCCGUUACUGUUCACAUGCGAAUGGGACACCCGGGCUGCGGAGGGGAAUGCCAGGGCCAUGGAUAUAAUUCGCAUGGAAAGUACACCACCGGGUGGGCCGGCAUGUGCGGCGAGGGUGGGCGAGCGCCUUCAACAUGGUACCUGCUGUGCCCUCCUUGCCGAGCCGCCUAUUUGCGUCAGACACCUUCUGGUCAUCAACAGGAACGGAACAGGAGAUGGCGCGAAUUCCGACUCUCCAGUGGCCAACUUGACAGUCGACCCGAGUCUGUCAUUCGCCAGAACGCGCUCUUCCUCCUCGACCUGAAUGCUACCGUUGAAGGAGCCGAGGGGAGCAAGAACAGCUCUGCAACCACUUCCGGCUGGACUACCGUAUUCCCCGGCCAGCUCCUCUCGCCUACCGUAUACCGAUCGGCAAACCUCGGGGGUCCCGGCACGACGCAUACGCUUACCACAACUUCACAUCAAAUUCGAAAAGAUUCGGACGCCAUCCCGAUCUCGUCGGCAGCCGCCCAUUCCAGCGACCCUGGCCCAAAGGCGUGCUCCUCCAGCCGCAUCGACGUGUCGUUUGAGGACAAGCUGCAACAGGGUGGAGAUGAGGUCCUCCAAUCCCCCUCAGCCGCCCUCGUCUCCCUCGUCUCCACAUCUUCGAGCUGUUCGCCCAGCCGUCAGCCAUUAGUGCGCCGCCCGGUGAUGGCGUUCAUCAUCGAGCACCACGACUUGAAGAGGGUGCGGGAGGCGUCCUUCUCGGCGGUGAAGCGGGCGGUGGGGUUCGCGCAUGCGUUCCGGGUGUGGAACUGGUUGCUGCGGCUCGUCUCGUCGGAAACAAGCGUUUCGGACGUGGUGCUGCAGUAUCUCUGCUCGUUAUCCUCGUACUCGGCGCUGGUUGAUCCGUCGACGCGCGCCCCGGACCUUCUCACGUUGACCUGCUCGAUCUUGGCGUCAGUCGGCCGAGUGCUAUCCGACCCGUCGGCCGAUCAAAUCUUCUUCGACAGCCCGUCGGACUCGAAUCUGGGAAAUUCAUUGGUGGAAAGGGCGCCGGAGACCCAAAAAACUGGAGACGUUCGACACAUGGUGGACCUGAGCCUGGAGUGCGACAUCGAAGCCUCAUCUCGGCAAGCGAUGGUCGUCUGCCUGACCGACGGCAGCCCGGAGACGUUUUGGGAAUGUGGAGAAGAGGACAAAAAUCGAGCACGAGCCCUGACGCUCACCUUCCGCCCCAACGGCACCACGCCCGUCCUGUUGGCCAUCUUCUUCGACAACGUGCGCGACGAGAUGUUCAGAACCAACGCCGUCCAAAUCCGAGCCAUGCUCCCCGACGGCUCGAAGCGCAAUUUGCAUACGCAGCAGCUGGACGUGCAAUUCGUCGGCUGGGUGAAGGCGUGCGUUUUCGGCGCGCAACAGGCCCAGAUCAUACUCCGUGGGCCGUAUCCAGCGCAAAGGAUUCGACAGGUCCUGCUCACCGGAUAUCGGCAAAGCCGGGGCGAGUCGCCGAAGCUUCUGAAGCCCUCUCAAUCGCAUCAGCUGCUAUUUUCGACUACCCAAAAUGACGCGUUUUCCUUAUUCCAGGCGCUCUCGGCACAGGCAUUUUCCGAUGAGAUGGCCGAGGAGCAGCACGGGACUUUGAGACAGCGGGUUAUCGAUUUGUUGUUUAGUCGAGUCCAGCUACAACCCCUACAAACACACGUUUGUACACAGAUUGCCAAUGCGCUGGAAAGAGAAGUCAUAUCGCUGCGGGACCGCGGCAAGCGCAACUACUCGUACGCCUGCGGGCUGAUGCAUAUUUUGACGCGGAUCUGCGCCUCGAGAAAAGGCACAGAGGUCUUUUCUGCCCGCAACUAUCUGCUGCUCACCCUCUCCGAGUUGCUGCUCUUUUCUCCACAGACAUCAAAGGGCAACGACCCGGAGCCGUUCUGCGAGAACCACGACGACGGGCGGACACUGGCCCAGGUGCACUGCGAGGUGUGUCGCAGCAAUCUAUGCAGGGACUGCUUCUCCAUCCUUCACCUCAACAAGAAGAACCGCAGUCAUGAGGUGCGGCUGCUCGGAUCGUCGAAUUCCGCUCCACAGGUGGAGAUACACGACGGAUGCUCCAGGCUUAGGCUUCCGAAUAUGCUGGUACUCUUCCACGGCCAAACCCUGAACGGCUUGGUUGAGUUGAGCGUUGAUCCAUUGUUCCCCACCGGCUCUUCUUUCCACAAUCGUCCGCUGGCCUCCCAGAAUCCAUCAUCAUCUACGCAUCUACCCUCAAACAAGUGCCGCUUCUGCGAGGCGCCACUCAGCGGAGAGACCCAGGUGCUAGAAGGUGUCUGCGGCCACACCGAGUGCCAAGAGUUCAACCGGAUCGCCUGCCAGAAAUCGCUGCCCUGUGGCCAUCGUUGUUGCGGAAUCGCCGGCGAGGAAUCAUGUCUGGAAUGUAUGCAGUGUCCACGUGAAGGAACUUCCCAGGAUGGCGAUGACGUGUGCGUCAUCUGCUUCACCGACCGUCUAGGCGCCGCUCCGUGCAUCAAAAUAGAGUGCGGCCACAUCUUCCACUACGCCUGCGUGCGGGCCGUGCUCGAGAAGCGGUGGAACGGGCCCCGCAUCCUCUUCCGCUUCAUGAAUUGCCCGCUAUGCAAUGGGGAGAUGGAGCACCCCGGAAUCCGAGACCUGAUUGAGCCGUUGAAAGCCCUAAAAACGGAAGUGCUCCAAAAAUCCAAAUUACGGCUUGAAUACGACGGGAUGAUGGACUGCCAGGCGGUUGUCUCGCCGAAUAGCGAAUUCUACAACCAGCCCGAAGCGUACGCGAUGGAGCGCUACGUGUACGUACAAUGUCACAAGUGUUCAAAGGCGUAUUUCGGAGGGGAAAGCCGAUGCCAGCUGCCGCUCGACUCGUCGCAGUACAACCCGGCCGAGCUGAUCUGCGGCGGCUGUUCGGACGUCACCGGGGCCCAGAUUUGCGGUCGGCACGGCGUCGAGUACCUCGAGUACAAAUGCCGGUACUGCUGCUCGAUUGCCGUGUAUUUUUGCUUCGGCACCACCCACUUUUGCGCGUCGUGCCACGACGAUUUUCAGCGGCUCGUCUCGUUGCCAAAACAUCUGCUGCCCAAAUGCCCGGCAGGUCCGCGCGCCACCCAGCUCGAAGACGCCGCCGGAUGCCCGCUGAAACUUGAGCACCCAGCCACCGGCGAGGAGUUUGCGAUCGGCUGCGGGAUUUGUCGAAAUUUGAGCACUUUU